AUGGAAUCAUCGGACAAAGCAACCUUUGGUGCUGCUGUCCUUGGCACCUGUACCAGACCCUCAUGGGCCCUCUUGUUUCUCUUGUUCACUCUCGUGACCGUUCUGUCCCUUCAGCUUCCAACAAGGUCCGUUUUCCCCGUUUGGGUGUUUUCGGGUUUGUCCGGACCCCAACCCAUGCCCGAUCCGAUAACCUGCUCCGGUUUCUUUCGGGAUGUUCCGCGGAGGAAGGUUGUUAUGUCCAUCGAGGACUUCGGCGGCGUAGGUGACGGGAUCACUUCCAAUACCGAAUCGUUUCGGAGGGCGAUUCGGUACAUGCAGCGUUUCUGUGAUCGAGGUGGGUCCCAGCUGAAUAUCCCAAGGGGAACCUGGCUUACCGGUAGUUUUAAUCUCACCAGUAACUUCACGCUUUUCCUUCAACACGGUGCUCUUAUUUUGGCCUCUCAGGACCAGAACGAAUGGCCUAUAAUUGAACCAUUGCCAUCUUAUGGAAGAGGGAGAGAGAGGUUAGGAGGAAGGCAUAUUAGCCUUAUACACGGUAAUGGCAUCUGCAAUGUUGUCAUCACAGGAGAAAAUGGGACAGUUGAUGGUCAAGGAAAGAUGUGGUGGGAACUUUGGUGGAACAGAACAUUGGAGCACACAAGAGGCCACCUCCUUGAACUAAUGAACUCGGAUAAUGUUCUUAUAACAAACCUCACCUUUCGAAAUUCUCCUUUUUGGACCAUACAUCCUGUUUACUGCAGUAAUGUUGUUAUCAAAGGGAUGACAAUCUUGGCUCCUCUUAAUGCCCCAAAUACUGAUGGCAUAGACCCAGACUCAAGUACCAAUGUAUGUAUUGAAGAUAACUACAUAGAGAGUGGAGAUGAUCUUGUAGCCAUUAAGAGUGGCUGGGAUCAAUAUGGAAUCACCAUGGCCCGUCCUAGCACAAAUAUCAUAGUGAGAAGAGUUUCUGGCACUACCCCAACUUGUUCUGGAGUAGGAAUUGGUAGUGAGAUGUCUGGUGGAAUUUCAAAUAUUACAAUUGAGAAUUUGCAUGUGUGGGAUUCUGCAGCUGGUGUUCGCAUAAAAUCUGAUAAAGGAAGAGGGGGCUAUAUAUCUAAUGUUAGUAUAAGUGAUAUUAGAAUGGAGAGAGUGAAGAUUCCCAUUAGGUUCAGUAGAGGUUCAAACGACCAUCCUGAUGAUGGGUGGGAUCCAAAAGCAGUUCCUAGAUUGAAAGAUAUUUUAAUCAGUAAAGUUGUCAGUGUGAAUUCAACAAAAGCCCCAGUUUUGGAAGGUGUAGAGGGUUCAUCAUUUGAAGGUUUAUGCUUCAAAAACAUUACCCUGGUUGGUAUAGCCUUAUCUGCAACAUGGCAUUGUGAAUAUGUCUCUGGUUUUGCCACUGAGGUGUUCCCUGUUCCAUGUCCUGAGUUGCAGAACAAUAGCAAUUCAUCCUGGUGUUCACCUUCCUGAUUUACUGUGUGCAUACCGUGGAUGGUUCCAAGUUCCAAAAUGGAAAAACCAGGGCUUUGCUCACUUUCUUGAUUAAGCAGUUUUGAGUCUUGCUUAAGCAGAUUAUUGUGAUGAGCAAAAUCAUAAACACAAAAGAGCUGGACCUAAUUGGACUCGUGAAGCCCGAAUUAACAUGACAUCUUUCUGCCUCGGAUGGCACGGACAUAUAAUCUGAUCGGUUUCAGGUUUGUGAUAGGAAUGUGAAUAGAACCAUUUGAUUGAUAUCAUGGCCCUUCUCGCCAUGAUUGGUGCCUUGGUGGCCAUAGAAUGUGGAGUUGCACUUUGGUUUGCUUAGCAGUGCAACCAAUGAUUCUUUUGCUUUACUUUAAGAUAUAGUUUUCUUUAAAGUUAUUUUUUACUGUUGUAUAGACAGGUUAUCCA